AUGGGAGCUGGAAAUCUUCCACCUAUUACUCAAGAAGAAGCUUUACAUAUUUUGGGCUUUCAACCCCCAUUUGAAGAUAUUAGGUUCGGCCCUUUCACUGGAAAUACAACACUUAUGAGAUGGUUUAGACAAAUUAAUGACCACUUUCAUGUAAAAGGAUGUUCGUAUGUUCUAUAUAAGCCACAUGGGAAGAAUAAAACAGCUGGAGAAACUGCUUCAGGGGCGUUGUCGAAGUUAACUCAUGGAUUGAAAGAUGAAUCACUGGCUUAUAUCUAUCAUUGCCAAAAUCAUUAUUUUUGUCCGAUUGGAUUUGAAGCAACCCCUGUUAAAGCUAAUAAAGCAUUCAGCAGGGGUCCCCUCUUACCACAAGAAGUAGAAUAUUGGAUCUUAAUUGGAGAAUCAAGUAGAAAACAUCCUGCUAUUCACUGUAAAAAGUGGGCAGAUAUUGUUACUGAUCUCAACACUCAAAACCCAGAGUAUCUAGAUAUCCGACACUUGGAGAGGGGGCUGCAGUAUCGAAAAACAAAGAAGGUUGGGGGAAAUUUGCAUUGCAUCAUCGCAUUCCAGAGACUUAAUUGGCAAAGAUUUGGCCUUUGGAACUUUCCAUUUGGAACCAUUAGACGAGAAUCACAACCUCCAACACAUGCCCAGGGAAUUGCUAAAUCUGAGAGUGAAGAUAAUAUAUCCAAGAAGCAGCAUGGGCGUCUGGGCCGGUCUUUUAGUGCUAGUUUCCAUCAGGACUCAGCAUGGAAAAAGAUGUCCAGUAUCCAUGAGAGAAGGAACAGUGGCUACCAGGGUUACAGUGAUUAUGAUGGGAAUGACUGACCACGUUGGGUACCGAACAUCUUGUGUUAAACACACAACUGGUUCUACACAAGACUGCAUUAAGACAGUAGAAGAUUUUAUUAAGCCUACACUAAAUAGAACAGAUCUUGUGGUACAAAACAUAACCUUGUAGUUCUCCAGUAAAUAAGCUUGUGUAUGAUUAUGAUGGGUGAUUUCAGAGAAAUAAGCAGAUGAGCACAGAUUACUGUCCUUUUAAAGUUAAGGUAUGAAAACAUUAUGGAUAAUUUCACAAAAUCCAAUAAAUUGCAUAUAAACAAAUCAAACACAAAUUCACUUAAUAACAUCAUGAUUUGUAAUACUUAAGCAUGAAAUUA